GCCUUUACACGGAGAGAGCUGUAGCAAUACAAAGCUGCUAGCCAACUAACAACGAAUCAAUGGUUUUGUUUUUAUCCACAGUCUCUUCUGAAUUCUCUCACUAAAGUUUCCAUCUUUUAUAAAUAAAAAUCAAAUUUUGGGACAAAGUUGAAUUCUUUGGGAGUUGUGGAAUCAGUCCCUCAAGUGCAAAAAAAUGAAGCUGAUCGAUCGUAAAGUGAGAGCAGCAGAGUUGAUUCUGAGAUGCUCUGUUUUCGCCCUCGCUCUCCUCGCUGCGAUUCUCAUUGUUACUGACGUUCAAGUAAAAGAGAUUUUCAUGAUCAAGAAGAAAGCCAAAUUCACCAACAUGAAGGCACUUGUGUUUAUGGUGGUCGUUAACGGGAUAGCCGCGGGUUAUUCUUUGCUUCAGGCGGUUCGUUGCGUUGUAUGUUUGAUGAAAGGAAACGUUUUGUUAAGUAAGCCUCUGGCUGGGGCCAUUUUCUCCGGCGAUCAGGUGGUAGCGUACUUGUGUGUAGCGGGGACUGCAGCAGCGGCGCAGUCUGCGGCCUUUGCAAAGCUAGGUGAGCCAGAACUCCAGUGGAUGAAGGUUUGCGAUAUGUAUGGGAAGUUUUGUAACCAGGUAGGUGAAGGAAUUGCCAGUGCCUUGUUUGCUUGCGUUGGAAUGGUGUUGGUCUCUUGCAUUUCGGCUUUCGGUGUCUUUCGUUUGUAUGGUGGAAGCAAAACCAGGCAAAGCUCACGGUGGUGAAGGCAUGUAUUAGUUUUUGGACCUACCUUGUUUAAUUAACGAACUUGUGUGUUAAUGUUGUGGUUUGUGUUAUCUUCUCUGAGUUUGUAUACGGUCUAUUACUACUAUCACCAACUCAAGCUGCUCUAUAUAAAUAUAAUCAUCACAAUUUGGUUGUUUAAUGUGAAUAACAUGUAGUUUUUUUA